AUUAUAAUCGCUUUAAAAAGAUUAUGCUAACAGAUAAUAAGUGGAACUUAAUGAGUGAUUUAACUAAUUUAUUUAGACCAUUUAAUGAAUAUACUGAAUAUUUUAGUAGUAGUGAAUAUGUUACAAUCAGUAUAAUGUAUCCAUUAAUUACUACGCUUAUAGCUAAAUUUUGUCCUAUUAUUCAAGACUUUUAUUCAACUUUGAAUUUUAAUUCAAAUGAUAUUGCAUUUGAUGAUGAUCUUGAGUAUAAAGAUAAUAAAGAAGAAACUAUAAUAGGACCAAAAAAACAACAGAUAAAAAUUAAUAGACCUAUGAAUACAACUGAUGAUUUUAAUAAUCGCGAAUUGAAUGGCCGUGAGAUUCGCAAUGUCCUUCAUGCAACGAGAUUGUUGGCCAAGAAUAAAGAUAAGUCUUUGACUGCAGAAUUUAUUAUUGAUAUCAUCAAAAUUAUUCAAGAAUUUCAUUCAGCACGUAAUAAAUAA